AUGUUUUGGUCAUCAAUGUUAUUAAUGGGUGCUCGAUUAUGCCGAAAACAAUCACAGCGAUGUCUUUCAUCAAAACAACUAAUGUAUGAAAAAUAUGGGUACCCCCCAGAUGUACUGAAUUUAGUAACGAAAGAAGUGGGGGAAAUUGGUACUGAUGAAGUACGAGUACGUUGGAUGGGUGCACCUAUCAAUCCAGCGGAUAUAAAUCAGCUGCAAGGAGUUUAUCCAAGAAAACCACCAUUACCUGCUGUUGGUGGAAUGGAAGGAUUUGGCGAGGUUGAAGAGGUUGGAAGUGACGUGACGACUUUACGUACUGGUGAUUGGGUUGUACCCGGUGUUUCGGCUGCUGGUUGUUGGAGAACAUUCGGGAACCACUGCGAAAAAGAUCUUUUUAAAAUCGCUAAUGAUUUGCCCUUUGAUUCGGCGGCUACAUUUCAGGUCAAUCCCCCAACAGCUUACAGAAUGUUGAAGGAUUUUGUGGAUUUAAAAGCCGGUGAUUUGGUUGUGCAAAAUGGUGCAAAUUCGAGUGUUGGUCGUUGCGUAAUACAGUUGUGCAAAUUGUGGAAUAUUCGAACCGUGAAUGUUGUACGUAAUCGUGAAAACUUUGAUUUACUUGUUCGAGAAUUAAAAGAAAUUGGUGCUGAUGACGUGUUUACAGAAGAAGAAAUGAAGAAAGAAUCAAAAAAUAGAGCUAAAAAUGCUCAGUUGGCGCUGAACUGUGUCGGUGGUCGGAGUGCAAUGAUGUUAUCAACAUGCCUUUCCAGUAAGGGAGUAAUGGUUACUUAUGGUGGAAUGAGCAGGAAGCCUAUCGAGGCAAGAUUUUUUACAGUUCUGCACUUAUUUAGACCAAUAAUUGAAGUUCCAACUGCACCAUUUAUAUUUAAAGAUAUUAAAUUGGUCGGUUUUUGGAUUUCUCAGUGGUACGCAACUCGGGGUAUGAAAAAGGAUCGCGAAGCAAUGUUUGAGGAACUGCAAGACUUAAUAAAACAUGGAAAACUUCGUCCACCAAAAUUCGACAAAGUAAAACUUGAAGACUGGAAAACGGCAAUCACUAAUGCGAUGAAUUCGUCGGGGAGAAAGCAACUUUUUGUUAUGCAAUAA